GUUGCCUUAACAAUAAAGAUAAUUUCCGUAUCACAUGAUCAUAUGUAAACAUACUUAAGCAAGCUUGCCUGUCACAAUAGAAUCAUCCCACAAAUACCGCCAGGCAGAACCCGAACCAGGACGUAGUACCUACCCUCCAUACUAUCCAUUAUAAAUGACUAUGGGAGUGACAACCCCACGUGACCCCUCUCUGUCACUCGCCGGCCGCUGGCUGCCUUGCGCUCUGCGUUUCGUAUCACAUCCACCUUUUCCGCGACAUCUACAACCCUCAUCACCACAACUUUACUUCUUCUAUCUCUCCCUUAUAAGCUUGCUCUGAAUACUCCGCAACCUCUCUUCUCCAAAGCCCACUCGACUGUCGACCUGUACAAGAAACUCCGAGUCCCCUCGUCCUAGAGGAUACUCAUUUCUUCAUUUUAACCCAUUCUCCCCAAAAAACGACAGAGCUGGUCCGAAACCCUUAUACCCCGAUACGAUACCAACAUGGCUCCUCCUGCGAAAGAUGACACCCAUUCCUCCAGUACUGGCAAGGAUGAAGUGCGGUUGAUUCCCUCCGAUGAGCCUCAAGGCGGCCCUGGAAUUACAGUUGAACGUUCCAUCAUUGAGCGCUCCAUCCUAAUCAAGAACAUGCUUGAGGAUGUCGGUGGCGGAAGCGUAGAAGAAGAGAUCCCAAUUCCAAACGUCAACAGAGCCGUCCUCGAAAAGGUCAUCGCUUGGUGCACAAAGCAUCAGGAUGACCCCCCAAGCACCGGCGAUGAGGACAACGACUCCCGUAGAAGAACCACAGACAUCGACGAAUGGGAUCAAAAGUUCAUGCAAGUCGACCAGGAGAUGCUGUUCGAGAUCAUUCUAGCCGCCAACUACCUUGAUAUUAAGGCCCUUCUCGACAUUGGUUGCAAGACCGUUGCGAAUAUGAUCAAGGGCAAGUCCCCAGAAGAUAUCCGCAAGACCUUCAAUAUCCAAAACGACUUCACGCCAGAGGAAGAAGCUCAAAUCCGCGCGGAGAACGAAUGGGCUGAGGACCGUUAAUCCCCCCCGUCUCCUUACGACAUCUUUAUAGGAAACUAACUCUCGUCCCUUCUCGAGUAUUUUCCUCAUAUAAAUCCGCCAUAUAUACAAGCUCAGUUGCAACUGGUCUUAAGUCACAUUCUCCAGCACGAUUGGGUUGACAUGCGGAAUUUUGGAAGGGGAACGCAACGCUUCGGGAACGGGGUGGAAAAGGCGGGAUGAAAUAAAUGAGCUAAUAUUCAAAAAUUCAACCAGAAAGAAUCCCACAUACACGUCCCUCGCUGUGCCUUCUAUUUCCUGCAUCGUCGUUACUUUUUUUCCUUUUUUUCCCCUUUCAGAUACGACACGGUUCGAUUCGAUAUGAUACUGAUCGGUCAGGCGUUUGUUCUCAGCUUAGUGUAUUUCUUUCAAAGCUCAAAUUUAUCGUCUCCAUUUUAAUUAUCACUCAUAUUUCCGUUUUCUUUCUUUCUCUUUGUUCCCUCUUCCCUCAUCCCCACGUCCUUAACUAAGUUCUUGAAUCUUUCCCCUUGCUUCACAGUCAAAAACAAAAGGGGUGGUACUCUCGUUAAUUUAUCAAACAGAACAUUCUUAAUAUAUGAAUGCAUACAUGAAAACAAUAGAAUUCAAAUUCGUCGUCAGUAAGUAUUUUGAAGCAAGCAGCUCAGCCAGCCAGGUAUGUAUAGGAAGUGAGUUUGUGUGCACAUCAAUCAGGCUCUAUGUAUCCUUUCUUCUGUUUGUCUUUUUGUUUUUCAUUUCUAUUUUUGAAUCUCUCUAUCUCCCCUCUUUGAUCCAUGUGUAGAUUUUAUCCAUCCAUUCACAUACUUCUAAUAACAAAUCUUCUUGGUUCCCCCUCUUCCCCUUCCCCCUUUUCAUUUUCCGGGCUACUCGCUUUCCUUCUUCCCCUGUCCUCCUCUCUCCUUCUGUAGCCGUUUGUGCUGCCAGCUUUCGAUGCGUCUCCUCUUUUUCCUCUUCUUUCCUCUUCUUAUCUUUUCUUAAGAUGUUUUAGGCAACGCUCAGUUGUCUUUCUCGUAUCCUUUUCUGUUGCUCGACGUACGUGUGUUGUAGUACAUAGUACAUGAAUAGCUGUGAAGACGAUUCCGUUCUAAGAUUUAGUCGACCGUUCCAAAAGUUACGGUACGUUAGAAGAAAGCACAUGCACAAUGUCCGAAAACCGCUU